CGAGUGCAGGAGGCUGUGGACGCCAUGGUGAAAAGUGUGGAGAGAGAGAACAUUCGGAAGAUGCAGGGCCUCAUGUUCCGGUGCAGUGCCAACUGCUGUGAGGAUAACCAGGCAUCUAUGCAGCAGGUGCACCAAUGCAUCGAGCGCUGCCAUGCGCCUUUAGCUCAAGCCCAGGCCUUGGUGACCAGUGAACUGGAAAGGUUCCAGGACCGCCUGGCCCGGUGCACCAUGCAUUGCAAUGACAAAGCCAAAGACUCGAUAGAUGCAGGAAAUAAGGAGCUGCAGGUGAAGCGACAACUGGACAGCUGUGUGGCUAAGUGUGUGGAUGACCACAUGAAUCUCAUCCCAACAAUGACCAAAAAAAUGAAGGAGUCUCUGUCAUCCAUCGGGAAAUAAAAUUGUUUGCCAGUGACCAUGGGGCUGAGGGCACGAUAUUUAAAAGGAAGAAAGAAAAGUUUAGUCUGUUAAGCAAUGUUUAUGAAUGAGGAAAACUCAGGACACAGCAAGUUCCAGACAAAUGCCACUCACCUCUGGACACCAGUUCCUUUGCAUCUGGAUCUUAGACAGUGAAGUGGAAAGAAGCUGGUGCUAAAAUAUGGAUCACAGAUAGCACAGGGGAGAAUUCUAGAUUCUAAAUUUUCAUGUGCAAGUGCUUGUUCUGUCAGUAGAGAUUGCCCUUAAACAAGGGUUCCGAUUCUUACUGCACAGACAUCAAGCUGGCAGCUUUCUUCAACCUGCUGGUAAAGUUUGAGGAGAGAUGUGUCUGUUGCCAAGCACCUGCUUACCACAAGUGUCACCACACCUUGCAAACCCAAUAGACUAGUAAUUUAGAGGGGGGAGAGGUUUCCUUUCCAGAUCUUUUCUGUUUGGUUGUCUAAAAGGACACAAAAUGGAUUUAAGAUACAGGUGGGAGAGUAGCUUGAAUGAUUUCUAAAGGUUCCUUGUAUUUUCUGGCCAUCAAGAUGGGAAAGCCUAGUUCUUCAAAUUUUGUCAUUCUAGAAGCCCCUGAAGAAGUGGGGUAGCAUCAUGCUGUGUAUGGGAAACAGCUUCCUUCUCUGACUUGUGUAGCAAAGUAACAUAUCCCCAGAUUUCACAGAACAAAAGUCCAAAGCCAGUAUUACUCCCUCAGCCCCUGAAUUCACAGAGCCUUUUAGAGAUAGUUUUCUAGCAACAAGGAGGCCUAAAAGCAAGCAACUUGGGCCAAGGGAAGCUAGGACCACUAUAGAGCAAGACAGGCACACCUAUUACCAAAUGCCAUUUUUUGCCUGGGGCUUUGCAGUGCAGUGUUGCUGCCCCAACAUAACACCUUAUCUUUUGGAUAAGUACUAUGUUGUAUUCAUACCAAUUAAUUACUUGAAAUAGUGAUAACACUUGUCAGUUUGCUAUCAAACCUGCAAUAUAUUUUCCAAGUGGUUUGGUUUUUAAAUAAAGUUUCAUUGCUCCAACA